AUGAAAACUUUAAUAUUUACUCUUUUCUAUAUUGUAAUGUUGAAUUUUGUUACUUGUGAAGAACCUACUAAUACGACUAAUUAUAUUGAAGGUUUUAUUAAUAAUAUUAAAGAAUCAGAUUUAUUUAACAGUAUGACUAAGAAGUUAUCUAGUGAAUUUGAAGUCAUUAAGAACAAGUUUGAAAGUACAUUUUCAUCUGUAUCUGACGAAGUCAAUGAUUUACUUUAUAAUGAAACAAAUGUAGCAGGAAAUUACAAACCUUCAGAAAUAACAAAUAGUUCUACAAAUUUAAAUGAAACUGAACUCAAUAUUUUGAAAUUAUUGAAUAAUACAUCUUCACUAUUACAUUUCUCCUAA